GGGAGUACGUAAGCUGCAGCAGUGUGUGCUUGCCGGCUCCGCUCGCCGACGAAGAAGCAUCAGCCAUCUCUAAGCUGCUGCCUUACCCCCUCCCUCCUUUUGUACCUCUUUGCAGACAAAAAGCUGGAAUAACCACCCCACCAGUUCUGAGCAGACGACUCACUUGUCAGCUUCACUGAUCAGCGAAGACAGCUCUUUAACUAAGAUACAACAGGUGACCCAACCCUUCCCCAGUUUCCCAGCAGGCAGGCAUGGCAGACGGUCGGCAGCCAGACGAGCACUGGGCCUCAAACGGCCAGGAAAAUGGCGAGAAUGGUUACUCUGCCUACAGCUCUGCCUACAGGGAGAAUGGAUACCAUGGUGGAGCAGCUGCGCAUCCUGGAACGACAGUGGAUGACUCAGCCAAUUUGCCUCCCUCCCCUCCCCCCUCUCCAUCCGCUGAGCAGAUUGGGCCCGUGGCACAAGCCCAGCCAGAAGAGAGUAUCAAUAAGGCAUGUUGUGAGUCUGCUAUGAAAGAAGAUGAGCCUCACAUGUCAUCGCUACAUGAGAAACAGGUGGCUGCUGAAAGACCAAAACCUGAAGGAGAAGAACUUGCCUUGAAUGAACCUCCCCUUCCCUCUGUGAAAGACAAAGAUCUUUCUGACACUUACUCAACUAAGCGGGAUAAUCAAAACAGAAUGGAUGCACUAGAAGAGGCUGCUGUGAACCAAAUGCUUUUGGAGUCUGAAGCAAAAGAAGCUUUACUAACAGAAGACUUAUCAAAUCCUAAGGCAGAGGACAAAGUGGGAAUUGUGGUACCGAGUGAAUCAGGAGCCCCUAUGAGUGAGAGCAAAGAAAAAACAGGGGCAGUCGAGGCGAUAAAUAAGGAAGAUGAGGGCAGUGAUGUCAGGUUGCAUGAGACACCAGUGACUAACAUUCAAAAUGCAGACCAGAGGCAAGAAACAGUGAAGUCAAGUCCUGAACCUGGCACACAGUUGAAAACCACUUCAGAUAUUUUUGUAGAACACAAAUCACAAUCAAAAAUCUACUUUGAGACAUUCUCCAAAAGCCAAGAAGAGGAGUCGCCACAAACCCAGAGCUAUUAUGAACUCAGCACAGCAGCAGAGGCAAAGUUAAGUGGAGAAAAUGAGAGCAUUGCACAAAAGCUCGAGGAGCCACAGGAGGAAAAAGUUAUAACAUCUGGUAAGAUGUCUUUAGAACAAAGAAGCCUCUCUCUGAACAUUACUGUUGGGUCUUCAAUGGCACAGACACCAAAGGGAGAGAAGUUAAGCACCUUCUCAGCAAGCUUGUUUCCAGUCAGUGGAAGCUUUGAUGAAUCAGCUCCAUCCGAGGAAAGCCAUACACCUCAAUUUCCUCCCGCUGUCUCCGUUACCCCAACUACCACUGCACAACCUGAAGAUAUCCCCACCAAGGCAGAAGCGCCUUUACCUUCUGAUAAGCACACAUCUAGUUUUGAACGAUCAGGAAGCCUCUCUGAGAUGUUGGACUUGGCUGGAGCGCUGCCUAGUCCGUCACUCGAGAAGAGGGAGUUCGACAUGAGACGGAAGUCAGUGCCUGCCAAUGUAUCGGCUCUAGUGGGGAGUUCUUUGGCAAAGCUUGCAUUGGCAGAUCAAACUUCAAGAGUGGUGACAAGAGAAAGCCAGCUGGAGGAACUUGGCUAUUGUGUCUUCAGUGAGUACUCGGGGCCUAUGCCUUCUCCUGCUGACGUUCCCAGUCCUGGAGACUCUCCACACCAGCAUUUCCCUUCUGUGGAGGGUGAAGUAGAGGAAGAUGUUGGGGCCACGGAAGUUGAAGGUGUUCACAAAGGAGUGCAGCAAAAAAGUCUUAAAGGAAUUACCCCUGAGAUCUCUUCAAAAACAAUUAUGGAAAAGAAAGAUGCACUGGUCAAGACUAGCCUGAUUCUUGAAAAAGCUGUGACAAGUGGAAUAAAACCAGAUCGUCUUAGAAUUCCAAUGACCGGUUCAAAAGACAGACUGAGUGAGUUUCGUUUAGAGACGGGCCUGCCUGGGGACCUAAAGAUCCAAGCAAUCCCAGAGGUAGACAUUGAAAAAGACCCCUCAAGAGAGGCCUCUCCCAUCCCACCAGACAAUUCCUUUACUUUCAAUCCCUCAGAAACUGGAAGCAAGACUCCCCUGACUCCCAGCACCCCCAAAUCCCCAGAUGACACACCUCCAGAAGCCCAAAUCACUGAAGGGAAGGCAAUAAAAGAUGUCUUAGCAGUGGUGAAAGCAGAGAAAAGGUUCGAUUCUGAGAGGGUUGAUGAUAAACAGCCAGAGUUAGACAAAGAAAAGUUGAAAGCUGAGACAAAAAAAUCUGAAGAAAGACAUGAUAAACCCUCAGCGUUGUCUCAGUGUUUAGGUGAGAGCACAAAAGAAGAUGACAAGAAGAGUGAACAUGAGACACCUGCAAGAUUAGGAGGAAGAGAUAGGCAAGAUACCUCAAAUACUGCUCAGGAUUUAUGCACAGAAAAGCGUUUAGAUGAGAAAGAAAUCCACAUACAGGAAGUGACUCUGGCAAAAGGCUCACCAAUGCCACAGAUAUCCUCUCCAGUCAUCAUUAUACCUCAAGCACAAGUAGAGGAAGAAGCAGAGGAGGAUGAUGAUAUCGAGAUAGCUGAAGAGCCUCAAGAGAUGAUGGAAGAAGCUGAAGAGCCUCCGCACUUCAAGACAGAUCAAGCAAAGGAAAGUCUAAUUACGGAGGUUUCUAAAGAAGAGCAAAAGAAAGAGCCAGUGAGGCUGAUGGUAGGUGAUCAGCUGCUGGAUGAAGAUCCCAAGUCUGGAGCAGAUGAUUGGAGUCAUAGUGCCCAAAACAGUGAUGAUGGGGAACCUGCAACAGACAGUUCGCACUUGUCUCCAUGCUCUGAUCAUGACCUACCACAGCAAACAGAGGAAGGAAGCAGAGAUGAAGAGAUGGGAAUGGAUAAAAGUGAAGAGGACUUGCAAAUAGAUAAGAUGGAAGAGGAGAAAGAGGAUCAUGAAGGGAUAAAGACAGAUCAAACAAGAGAGGAGGGGGAGAAAGUUGGUUCUGAUGAGAAAGGUGAAGAGGAGAAUAAAAUGUUGGAAAAAGAGGAUGAGGGGACUGAGAGGAUGGGGAAGAAGGACAGUAAGAGUGUUCAGGAGGUGGACAAGACCUCUGAUGUUCUCUGCCAGACCAGUCAGGCAGCGAACGACGAAACCACCAUGGACACGUCGAUCCUUGAUACAGACAGUGGCUGGAUGGAGUCGCAAGAUGAUGACAAAAGUAUCAUGACUGAGCAAAUCGAAGUCCUUCCUAAGACCCAGAGUUCUACCAGCACACCAGUGGUGGUGGACAGACCCACUAAACGGGGCAGAGGAAGGGGCCACUAUGGUACCACUGAUUGUAAAGUGUCCCGCAAAGUACUGAGUCACCAUCCACCAAGAGAGGAGAUGAAGAAGAAAAAAGUAGGCGUGAGGAGGGCUGACCAGAAUAAGGUGUCAGCCCUCCAAAGUCGUUCUCCGUCUCGAAAGAGUGUAGCCAAAGUGGUGGCCAGACAUCCUAGGCCUGCUGUGCUUCAUGGCUCUGCUAGACGCAAGGCCACAGGUAUGGAGCACCAUCAGCCCCUAAGUGUGGCCCACCAGUCCAGGGAGAGGACCACUUCUCGACAGAGAAAACCUAGCCCCACCAGGGCCGUUCUGUUAAAGAUGGCAAUGCAGCGUCGGGGGUCCAAUCACCAGCCCCCCCGGCCUGGCUCUGCCUGUAGCCUCAAACGGAGCCCUCUUGUGGAGGCGGAGCUCUGUGAUUUGCGCCCCUCCUCUGCAUGCUCCCGCCCAUCACCUCUGCCCAACAAAUGGGCAGAGAAGGAGAGAUCAUACCGCAGCCCGGAGAAGAGGUCGUCUCUACCUCGGCCGGCCAAGUCUCUGACCCGCCAUAUCCCUGCUGCUGAGCAAGAAGACAACAGCACACCCUCCAGGCCAACCUCGAUCCGAACCGAGUCCAGAGCGGACGGCAGGUCUGGAAGAGCCCCUAGUAUGGCAGGUACAGACUCGGCACGCUCCCGAUCAGUCCGUAGCGGAGCCUCCACCCCGGGCUCCUCCGCCGUCACACCCGGCACGCCCCCCAGCUACUCCUGCCGCACUCCAGGCUCACGCACCCCUGGCAGCCACACACCAAAGUCCUUCAGCGUCCUCCAGGAGAAGAAGGUGGCGGUGAUCCGGACCCCACCCAAGUCGCCGUCCUCCGCUCAGCGGCAGCUGAAAGUUCUCAAUCAGCCCCUGCCCGACUUGAAGAAUGUAAAGUCCAAGAUCGGGUCCACCUCCAACCUUAAACAUCAACCUAAAGGCGGACAGAUUCAAAUUUUAAGCGAGAAGCUGGACUUCAGUCAUGUUCAGUCAAAGUGCGGCUCCAAGGAUAAUCUGAAGCACACGCCCAAAGGAGGCAAUGUCAUGAUUCCGAGUGUUAAGCUGGACUUUAGCCAUGUUCAGUCUAAAUGUGGCUCCCUGGACAAAAUUCAGCACACGGCAGGCGGGGGAAACAUCCAAAUCCAGACCAAGAAGAUCGACUUGAGCCACAUCACGUCCAAAUGUGGCUCCAUGUCCAACAUCCGUCACAGACCAGGAGGAGGCAAUGUCCGUAUUGACAAUGUGAAGCUGGACUUUAAAGAGAAGGCCCAAGCCAAGGUCGGCUCACUGGACAACACCACCCACACACCUGGAGGGGGGAAUGUGAUGAUCGAGAGCCACAAGCUGACCUUCAGGGAAACGGCGAAAGCUCGGGUGGACCACGGCGCAGAAAUUGUCAUCACCCAGUCCCCGGGGAUCGAGACCGGGGGCACUUCUCCUCGUCUGUCCUCCGCAGGCAGCAUCAACCUCCUGGAGUCACCUCAGCUCUCUACGCUGGCUCAGGAUGUCACCGCUGCCCUGGCCAAGCAGGGCUUAUGAGCUGACUGCGUCUGUUUGGGAUACCCUCAAAUAAUCCACACCAUUACUCCUCUUCCCAUCAUUCACUCAUAGGCGUCCAGUGUUGUCCCAGGGUCUUUCACAGCAACGUCACCCCCACACAUUUUGACCCCACAGGUUGUAGUUGAUAGACCAUCUCGCCCAUCAACAAUCCUUCCAGCCCUUCCGGUGGGUUUUUAAAAACUGAAUUCUUCAAAAAUCUUCACUUACUUCCUGAAAAGGGUCACGCCCUGUCGCUCUAUUUGUUUUUCAUGCGUUUAUUCACUCAAAUGUGGACUUUUCUGGUUUAUUUUAGCUGAAUGCUAAGGUUUGAGUGGCUGUGAUUGUCUAAAAAGGCAUUGGCAGUUUUAAGAUUGUACAGUGACAUUUUCACCACAUUCAACUUGUGCGGGGAUAAACUUUUAAGGUGAACUCAUGCAUAAUGUCCAUUCGGAAUUUAUAUGGUACUGAAUAGUAGACGCUAGUCUUAAACAUACAACAGCGUGAGAGACUUAACUUACAGAAAUAUGGCGUGUAACUGACCUGCAAAAGUAUGGCUGAUGAGCAUGUCUGCUAAAAUGUGACAUUUCGAGUCAAACAUGAUUUUUUCUUUGUUGGAUUUUAAUCUUAUGAGUUCCUGAUAUGUGCUGAAUUUUUGGACAAUUUAUGUUCUCUUGUUUUCUUUUUUUAAUAUAUAUAUAUAUAUGUAUAUGUCACUGUAGUGGAAGUUGUUACAGUUUUGUACGUUUCCUGUGGCUGCUCUGGCUUAUUAGCAUUUAAAUGUGGAUAACCAUUGCAGUUAUGUCAAGUCAAGCGCUAAAAGGCUAGCUUUCCAAUAGAUUUUUUGUUUUGUUUUAUUCCGCAAACCAAUUGGCUGCUCUUUUUUUGUUUGGUUUUAGCUCUGUGGUUUUAUUAGGCUACAGCAAUGCUGUUAUGCUGGCAUGGCAAAUAAAUGAUAAAUAAAUUAGAUAUAUUUGGAACAGUCUUAAACUUUUCAGCGUGAGUAUAAAUGGCCAGGGGGGAUUUUAGUGUCUGUACAUUAAGAUGAGAUCCUAAAAACCCUGUGACAUUUCUCCUUUUGCAAAGACUCAGUUGUACAAUUUAUUUGAAUGGGUAAAGGGCCCAAAGAUUGUUUUAAAAAGGAAAGUAUAAAGUAUGAUGCUUUGUAUGAAAACAUUCCAUUUGAGAGAGCAGCUGCCUGGCCUCUUUGUGUGACUGAGCCAGAUUGUGUGGCUGUUUGGACCAUUGCAAGAAAUGAAAUAAACAAUGAAGGUAUGAAGAAUGGGAGUAACCCAUUUAAAAAAAAAAAAGAAUAAAAAACAAAACUGUUCUAGCAUAUUCUCUGCUCACCAUUGUGAAACUCUUCUACCCUCCCCUUUCUCCUGCCCUGAUGUCACCUGCCCCUCCAGUGUUUUUCUGUGCUUCCUCUAUUCCUGCCACCUCCUCUCCACCCCCCUCUUUGCCUGUGUAAGUGUAUUUAAAAGAUCAUGUAGAUGUGUGCACACUUUCCGAUGUUUGAGACAUACUGAUGACAAAUGCUCCUACAGGAUGAUGACGAAAAUAAAGAAAAUAAAAAAUGA